CUGAUUUCUUCUUAACUUGCCUGUGAAGCUGUGAAUUGAUUCCUUCUCGUAACCCUCUCAUCUGCCGUCGUCUCCGGCGAAAAUGGGCCCACCGGCUUCUAGUCGAACGAUCUCACAGGAGGCCUUUGACGAAAUAGUGAAGGAGAACAUCGAUGACCUCGGCAUGGAUCCCACAGAAGCUCUACAGGACGCCAUUGAAACCCUAACUCUCCAAGGCGUCGAUCUAUCUGGCAUUGUUAAGUGUGUACCCGGCCAAGGCUCUGUCAAAGAUAACCCAAUGGUCCAGACACUGGAUCAAUUGAAAGAGUUCAAUUCAAACUGGAGGGAUGACGAGAAUGUUGUUGAGGUGAUUGAUUUGCUCGAUAAAUUGAGUAACCUAUGUUCGAUCGAGGGAUCUGGAAAUAUAGCUAUAGCCAAUAAAAAUGGUGGGGUUGAGCUGGUUUCUUCAAUUUGUUCCAAGAUCCGCGGCGUUUCAAACCGUGGUGUCAUCUCCGCCUUCAACAUUCUGGCAUUGCUUCUUAAUGAUGUUCAAAGCACAGGAACAUUCUUCAAGAAUGGUGGACCAAGUAUGCUUAUUAGUAUCCUGGAUGGUGCAAGUGAAGAUUUGGAUGUUUUGAAUUCUGGGUUUUCAGUUGUCGCUGCUGCUGCUACUAGCAAUGAAAUUGUUAAGGAAUCAUUCAUGGAGUUGAAAAUUGAUGAAAUGAUAACCCGAGUACUGAAUAUGCCGCAGAAGAGGAACAUCCCAAGUUUAUACAAUUCCGUACGAGUCUUGCUGACACCUGAUGAUAAUCGAGUUGUUGCCUCUCAAGUUUAUGGCUAUGCCCGAAGAUUUGCUAAAAUUGGCAUCGCAGAAGUUCUUGUUGAUUCGCUUCGUGAAGGGAUCAACUCGCCGAGUCUAGUAUCUGCCGCCACAGCUUUGAAGACUAUUGCUGUCAAUGAUGAAAUAUGUAGAUCGGUUGCUGAUAACGGGGGCAUAGAUGCGACUUUGUGUUGUAUCUGUGAUAGUGGUGAGCAAGGGAACGAUGUUGUUGCUAGGGCUUGCUGCUCUUUGCUAUCUAAGUUGGCAGGAAGUGAUGCAAACAAGAGUGCGAUUGUAGAAAAGGGAGGAAUAGACAAGAUAAUAAAACUGACAUCCAAGUUUUCCGAUGAUCCUUCCAUUUCUCAAGAGGUAAUGUCGAUUAUAUGGGUAUUAUGCUUGAGAUCCCCUGAGAAUGCAACAGUUGCGAUUGAAGCUGGUGCGGGGGACCUUGCUAUCCAGGCUAUGAAGAGAUUUCCUGGGGCUGCUAAUAUGCAGAUAAGUGCCUGUCAGAUGAUUCGGAAUCUUACAGUCAGGAAUCCAGAGAAUAGAAGUAUUUUGCUUAGCAAUGGUGUUGAGGAGCUGAUUAGAAAAGUGAAGGUCAAUCAUCCCACAAUAGCUAGGGAUGCUGCAACUGAUGCUCUCAGGGACCUCGGCCUUGACAACUACAAUCUUUAGCCGCCUUCUUAUUAUUAUUAUUCUUCACCGUCAUAUUUUGGAUUUUGUAUACAAUUUACGUUUGUUUCAUUUGGGAUUAUUAUUAUAUUAAAUUGUUUUGUGACACGAUCUUGAGAGAAUCUGUACCGAACAUUUACCAUGUUAGGUGUAUCUGUUAGAGGGUUGAUGGGAAUGGAUGAUAGAUUAUCUACCCAAAGCAUAAGAUAUAGAGCACAUUUAAAAGGGUUUCCAUAUGGGAAUUAAAACACCUUUUAAUUGAGGU